AACACCCAACACAAAUGUGUUCCUUUACUUGUUCUGAAGAAAUACCCACAUGUACCAAGAUGAUUAACUCUCACAGUUCUGAAUAGUCAUGGGUUAAACGAGAACCUGCACAGACAAUGGAUCUACAGAUAACCUAUUCAAUCUUGUUCUUCUGUCUGACUGUGCAGGUGAAUUGCAACCCUCAUCUGUCAAAACAAGAUGUGGCAUUGCUGGCUGCGGAGCCAUACCCAGCGUGCUUCACUAGAACAUUUUCAGACUUCACUUGCUUCUGGGAGGCACCUAUGGGAAAAUCCUAUGACUUCCUUUAUCAAAUAGAGGAUGAUGCAGAGAGCAGAUGCAAUAUAAGUCAGCAAGACAGUGCGGAAGGAAAAAUCCUCCAUGUCUGCGUCUUCCCAGACACUGAUGUCCAUAUAUUCGCCUACACACAAGUCAGAGUGGUGGAUAAAGACUCCAACACCACUGUCUACAAUCGCACCCUUCAUGUAGAGGACAACUGCCUGUUUAAUCCUCCGUCAAAUGUAUUUCUUGACUAUACUGGAAAGGCAGGGCAAAUUCUGGUUAAGUGGCCAGCACCUACAGAACACAAAGAUCAUGUUCAGUAUGAGCUACGUUACACCUCUAAGGCAUUACAAGAUACAGUUAAACUGAAGAAAGGCUCCAGCUGUGAGCAUACAUUGCUCUCCCUGGUCCCAGGGCAGCCAUGUACAGUGCAGAUCAGGAGUAAGUUCAGUUUUGCUGAUACUGGAGGCCAUUGGAGUGACUGGACACCUUCAGUUACAGUCACGGUGCCUCAGACAGCAGCUGACAUUGAAUUAAUGUGCCACACUUCUGAUCUGCGCCAAGUCCGAUGUCAGUGGAACAAGGAGAGAUAUGGUUAUGCGAGCCUACAUUACCGACAAACCGACAGAAAUAUUUGGGGGAACUGGAAGACCUGUGAGAACAGUAAUGCUUCUGCAAGUCAGUGUGUUCUCUGUGGGGACGAAUGCACCAUGUUUCAGGUUUAUCUUACGGCUACAUUCGGGCUCCUUAACCAAACCUUUUACAUGGACGUGUUCAGGAUGAACAACAGCAUCAAAACCGGGCCCCCAGGAGGACUUAUUGGAGAGCUCAUUGGAGAAAGGCUUUGUCUGAGAUGGAUCUGUCCUCUUCCACAAAUAUCCGACCAUUUAAUGUAUCAGGUUCGCUACCAGCUACAAGAAGAGAGCAAGUGGAAAUAUUUCACAGUGCACAAUUCUAGUACCAGUAUCUGUCUGGAUGUGCAAGCAAGUGGCCAGUACACCAUCCAAAUACAAGCUAGCCCCAAUGGAUCUUUCUAUAGUGGGAACUGGAGUGCUUGGUCUAAACCUUUCACAAAACAGCUGAAUUCGAAAGCAGGGUUGCUGUUUAUUGCACUUGUGCCUUUUGGAUUGCUCAUCAUUUCUGUGGUAUUGUUCUCCUCCUCCUCCAGAUAUGUUAGUAAGAUCAAGAAGUUUCUCUGGCCACCAGUUCCAAACCUGAAUGAUGUGCUGGACAAUUUCCUGAAAGAUAUCGAUGGACAACACUGGGAGCUCAACGGCAGCAUCAAGCAGAGUGAUGAUGACACCCCUGCUUCUGUGUUGGAGAUCAUGUCCGAAAAGGAGGCUCAAGUCAUGAAGAAACCUUCCUGGCCACCUAACUGCACACAUUUCCCACAAUACCAGUUGGUUAUGGAUAACAACAUGGAGUACGCAGUGCCGGGCCUGGAGAUGAUCCGAGAGUAUGUAAUCUUAAAGUCCAGCCACGACAUCUCAAGCCUGACUGGGAAUGAUUACGUGUAUGGACUGAAUGCCUUAUCGGAUCCGCUUGAGGGAAACAUCUGCUGUUAUUCUUCUCUCUGUUCUGACACUUUUUCAUCCUCCACCACCACCACCAUCCUCAACCAUUCCUAUUUGCAGGCUGAGGUUGGAAGCCUCAGCACCAUAACUAACCAUUACACCAAUCUGGAAAAUCAGUAGCAACAGCUAAGGAAGAGGCAGAUUGAUCUUCCAGAAGGCUUAGUGUAGUAAAAGCAGGGAAAACCUUCCGGGGUUUAACCCACGUGCGAUAUGUAAAACUGGUCAGGUUUAGAGUAGUGUAAAUAUGCUUUGUUGCUUCCUGUCUGAAGGCUAAAAGUUGUACAGUAUGAAAAGUCUCUGCAGGAAUUAUUCUCAAAGUGCAAGUCAUUCCAAUUAGAGGAAAAACAAAGCCCAAAACUCUGCCAGUGUUCUAACUAAAUUUAAGAAACUUCAGAACUACCCAACAGUUGUUGUAGUUUCUGGCAUUCCAAGAAACCACUGGUGGUAAUAUUUCUGACCGUCAUCACUUGCGAUGUUUAAGACAGCUGAAGAGCUAGCACUCUCAUUCCAAUUGAGCAUCAUAUUUUUAGGCACAUAAAUUUAGAUGGAACAUAAAAACCUUGAUGCAGAAGAAGUUCAAAUCUGCCAUACCUUUCUUAUUGGAAAAAGAAUUCAUCUUUGAAGCAAACUUUCAUUGCAUCUUUCAGUUGUAUUUUAUUAUUACAGUUAUUAGAGGAGAAAUGAGUUCACAGUGUUGCAAACUAUUACAUUUAUUCAGUGUGCAGUCAUGUCAGUGUGUAACAUGUAUUUGAAGCUCAUUUUAAAGUAGCUAUUAUAUAUGAAUAUAUACAAUAUAACUAAAUAACUUGCAGAUGUAUUAUGUAUAUUUAGCAAUUUUAUGUAUGUUAUUUAAAACUGGAUUAAUUUCUGCAUUAUUUUCUCAAUCUAUUUUCAAAAAGUUUGUUUUUUAUGGGUUUAAAAAAAAUAAAUAAAAAUUAUUAACAUA